CGGGGGGACGAUCAGAAUCGUAGUAACUGCUCGCGGAUCGCACACAUAUCGCGUCGCGUCGAAAUUAAUUAUAGAGCUAUCUUUAUAACUACCAGUAAUUAAAAUACAAUACAAUACAAAUAUUCUUUAUUGCUCACCAAUAUGAAAGAACAUAAUGACAUACAACUUAGACUAUGGUAGACAACGGGCGAUCUUAUCGCUAAAGAGCGAUCUCUCUUCCAGACAACCUUAGGGUACUAGUGUUUACAGUCCGCUAUAGUUUUAUUUGGCAGUCUAGAUCUCCUAGAUUCAACGUACUACACGAAUUAGGCACUAGACGCAACAUAUGUGUGCGCGAGCCGUUAUUUCGAUUCUGACCGUCCCCUCGCGGAGCGGGCCCGGGCUCCGUCGCCGGCUAACUGGUCCGGUGACGUGACGGUUGACGUCAUCGCUGUUGCUCAGAGGGUCUACCGCGAACCACGUUCGACGUGUUGCCUCUCUGUCGCACUUGUGAAUUCGUACGUAAGUGUGACAGGGAGGCAACACGUCGAACGUGGUUUGCGGUAGGCCCUCUGGAGUUAAUUCGAUGCGGCGGCGAGUUUGUAGCCAACAAUUUCACUCAUUUUACUAGCUAUGAGUAAGGUCUCCCGGUUCUGCUGAAGGUGUAGGCGACUCCAGCAGACUAGAACCGCCUACCUGCGUUAGUCCUGCGCAGUCGAGCGCCGUAAGCGGGGAUGAAGGAGUCCUGGGGGCUGAGUCGACCGGGGGUCGGGGUCAGUUACCCCCCUAGACAAUAUGCCCUUUUUGGUCCGGAUUUCAAGCGAAACGGUAGCCCUGUAGCUAGCCACUGCAGGGAAAUGGGGGGUUUUAUACGUUGCGGUCGUCCGCGGUAACGACACGGUUUAUCGGCAUGAUAAAGCAGGCGAUUAAAAAUUAUUGGAUCGUAAGCAGUCGCUUGUAUACUAUGAUCAAUAUCGUUCAUGAUUUACCGUUAGAGCGUUUUGAUGACAAAGAAGCAGAAAGUGCCUUUUUAUAUUUUUUAUGCAUAUCUUUAUUGUCCAAAUGAAAGCGUUCAUCAAAAAACAAAAUGACUUGAUAACUUUUUUAGCAGCUGUUUUUCUCCAAAGGUCAUCCGAUAUCUGAUCGGAUAAUGUAAAAAUGCUCUUACGGUUUACAGUAGCAUAGAAGCGACUAUGUCCUCACAUUUAUGUUCCCUACUUAUCGUGACGAUAAUUCGUGUGGUUGCGUUAGACGACGGUAUAAGUGUACAAACGCCCAAUGGACACGCGUCCCGUAUGGAUGAGGUGAUACGGUCCGCAGGCGAGAUGUGGGGAGGGUGUAGGUAAUAAACACUGGGGCUCGGCCAUGCUGACGGGGCAAGGGCGUGUGGAACCCCUGGGGUAAAUCGGAUCGUUUUCCCCAGCCACGCAUCUGCAGCUCCCGAUGUCGCGCAUGAGUCCCAACUCAACACAUCUAUACCUCUUUGGUAGUCCUGGUGUCGAAUGACAUCCCCAAAUGUGCGGGCUCCGUGGAGGGUGGGAAGCUCGAGAGGUGAAUUAUUAAGAAAAACAAUUAUGGAUGAACACAGAUCCCAAAACCCUGAUGCUUCUGCAGAAGCGAGAUUAAACAUGGACUCAGAUCCUGGCGAGGGCGACCGGAAGGAAAAACGUAUUGGCACGCAAGCAGACUUAAGCGGAGGGCGAAAACGCAAAGUCAUUCGUGCUGCCACUUUGUUCACGGUAAUGACAAAUCCCUUUACUGAAUUGACAUUAGAGCAAGCGGAAUAUAUUAAGGGUGCUCUCGAAAACUGUAUUAUGAGGCUUGCUGACGCACAGACUGAAGACACCUACUGGCCCACGUUCCUGGGAACACCAGGGUACAGUGAAUGUGUGCUCAAGCUGCGCUGCGAGGGAAUGAAAGACGUGGAAUGGCUGCAGAACACUGUAGCCACAAUAACCUCACCAAUCCCGGGUACUAGGCUAGUAGUUAAACGCCAAAGAGACAUCCCAAGAAGAUUAAAAUCAGCAGUCUUAUUACCACAUUGUUCGGACGACACCGAAACUAUCCACAACUUAUUGAUUACUCAAAACGAGUGGUAUAAGAUCAGCAAGUGGGCUCUUUAUAAAGCGGAGCGCACCGAGGAACCUCCAGGUACCUUGUUAGAGAUUGGUAUUCCAUUCGACGAGAUACCAACGGUGAUGGAAAGGGAAAGCAGGCUCUUGUAUAAAGAGGAGGUCGGUUAUAUCCGCUUUUUUGGGAAAAUGGGUGAGCUGCAAGAUAUGCCACCACCCUUUAUGUUAAGAUUAUUAGGAAUCGGGACCUCUGAUGGUUUAUCCAGGGCCGGACGUAGGGUGGAGCGAGUGGAGCGGCCGCUCUAGGCGCCGGUAGGGGAGCUGAGCGUCAAAGUUAGAACACGAUCCAAAGGCUGUCUGUCCGCCGGGAGAUAGACCUGAAGGCAUUUCUUAGGCGACGCAAAAAAUAAAAGCUGAGUUCCUCAUAAAGCCGAAGGCGCAGAGCAUCUCAGCGAAGCGCGUUGUUGUAUGAACCAAUGGACCGCAAGCGUGAUGAUGAGCGAGCUUCGAAGCCCUAAGAAACAGAAGGGCGCGUCCCACGUACCUUGGAACGCUAAGGGCCUCUUUCACAAUGUCCAAGUAAAAUCCUGGAUAAGCUACUAACCACUUAUCUGACGAAUAAAGAUGUCGUUGGCAUUUCACAAUCUUCAAAUAAGCUUAACUGGUUGAUAAAGUGCUAAGUUUUGCAGGAAGUUUUAUCUAGAGCAGAGCCCAACUGGGGAAGUACCUCCACCUUACAGAAAACCGCAGCCAAAUAACACUAGACCCUACUCAUAGUGUUGUGUUCCUGCCGGUGAGUAAGGUUGCCAAAGCUCAACGAGGGGGGGGGGGGAGGGGUGUUAGGGUCGGCAACGCGCAUGUAACUCCUAUGGAGUUGCAGGCGUACAUAGGCUGCGGAGAUUGCUUACCAUUAAAAAAAAUUAGCUAUCCGAUACUUUACUAGGACAUUGUGAAAGAGGCCCUUAGUGAUAAAACUAUGUAAUUGUUAUUUUAGGUAACUGAAUGAAUAUUUUUUUAUUUAAUUAUAUAUUACCUACCCGUUACACCUAGGUGGUUGUACGGUCGUCUGAAAAUAUCGGUACGUACAAAGUACCAAAAAUAUGUACACACUUCCCUAAUAUAUGGGCCAUAAGGUCGUGUAUACGUAUUUUUGUUGAUGUUUUCAGACGUGACUGUACGUACAGUUUGCCUUAUGCCUCGAAAACACUACAAUGUUAUAAUAUAAGUACUCACCCUAAAUGCGCCGCGGCGGGUGGAGUUCAAUCGAUAUAGCAAAUAAUGCAAGGGAACAAAUGUACCAGUAUUUAUUUAUUCGAAAAUCGUACUGGCCACCACAAGCUGAAUAUUGUCUAUGAAUAAAUAAAUAAAAAUAUAACUUUUUCUUUCCACAGUUGGACAAAUGUAUGAACAUUCAUUUUCAUUUUGAUUUAUUUUAAUAAAAUAGUGUUUCUA